AACAGAAGGGAAGAAGAGGGAGAGAUUUUGAUACAAUUGUUAUAUCGAUUUCAUUUCCAUUAUCACCUUCUCUCUUCCCCCUCCCCCAACAUCCUCUGCUUCCGCAAUCUGCACCCGGUUUUCUUCUUCCUUAACCCUCGCCAGAGCAAAACCCAUUUCGCAUAUCUCCUUAAUUUACCUGGGGGCAAUGGGGAAAGAAAGAUCAGGAGAGAAAAACAGCAAGAUGUUUGUCGGUGUCGUCUGGAACUGUGCGGCCGAGCUCAAGCUUUUUUUAUCUGCUCUCCUCAUCCUUUGCACCGUUGCUACUCUCCUCCAGUUUAUACCCUCCCGCUUCACCAUCUCUGCCUCUGAUCUCCGCUUAUGUAUCUCUCGCAUCUCCACCGCUGCUGAGCUGAAUGCCACCGGCCAAGAGGUACUGGUUGAUACCCAACAGCCGGAGCCUUCACCACUGUCUGUUGAAACAGAUCAGGUGCUACCCAACGGCGCCAUACGGAGGUCUUUCAACACCUACGGUGCGGCCGCCUACAACUUCAUUACCAUGAGCGCCUACCGAGGCGGUCUCACCACCUUUGCAAUUGUGGGCCUCGCUUCCAAGCCCCUCCAUGUGUACGGCCGCCCAACCUAUCAAUGCCAGUGGCUCCCACAAAACAACAGUCAAGCAAACAUCACCACCGUUGGUCACAAGAUCCUCCCAGAUUGGGGCUACGGUCGGGUGUACACGGCGGUGGUCGUUAACUGCACCUUCUCUCAGCCAAUCAACCUCGACAAUUCCGGUGGCACACUCUUCCUCCAAGCCUCCACAUCCGGAGGUGGGGACGCAAAAUUCAACCUCACCGACACAAUUCCAACACUAACGGAAACACCCGGAAGCUUAAACAUCUCACUGUUCACGGCGAAACCCAAAUACGACUACCUGUAUUGUGGGUCUUCUCUGUACGGGAACUUGAGCCCCCAAAGGGUGAGGGAGUGGAUGGCAUACCACGUGAGGCUGUUAGGAGAGAGAUCCCAUUUUGUUAUCCACGACGCCGGAGGGGUUCACGAGGAGGUGUUGGAGGUGCUGAAGCCAUGGAUGGAGCUGGGGUACGUGACGCUGCAGGACAUAAAGGAUCAAGAAAGAUUUGAUGGGUACUAUCACAAUCAGUUUAUGGUGGUGAAUGAUUGCCUCCAUAGAUACAGAUUUAUGGCGAAAUGGAUGUUCUUCUUCGAUGUGGACGAGUACAUCUACGUACCGUCCAAGAGCACCAUUAAAUCUGUGCUCGAUUCGCUCUCGGAAUACUCUCAGUUCACAAUUGAGCAGAUGCCCAUGAGCAGAACACUCUGUCUUACUCAAGAUGCUGCUAAACGCCACAGGAAAUGGGGAUUUGAAAAGCUUGUAUAUAGGGAUGUGAAAAGGGGAAUAAGAAGGGACCGCAAAUAUGCCAUCCAACCGCGCAAUGUGUUUGCCACUGGGGUGCACAUGUCUCAAAACCUCGCUGGCAAGACGACUCACAAAACCGAAGGCAUGAUCAAGUAUUUCCAUUACCAUGGAACCAUUGCGCAAAGGCGAGAGCCCUGCCGCUACCUCAUCAAUUCCACAGAGUUCACCUACGAGAAAACGCCUUAUGUCUUGGACACUACCUUGAGGGAGGUUGCUGGGUAUGUGAAGAAAUUUGAGCUGAAGAUGAUAGGACCCAGAUUACAAAAUACUUGGCAGUGAUAGCAUUAGAGCAGAUUAAAUUUAUUGGGGUUCUUUUGUGUAUGAUAGAUUUUUUUCCCUUUUUUACAAGUACAUAGAUACAGGGCGGUACAUGGAUGGAUGAAAUGGACUGAUGUGAAGAAUUUCAUUUUUGCUUUAAAAUAGUAAGAGGUGGUACUGCAUUCUUUAUUUUUUACAAUAUCUUACUGUUUAUUCUUUUUUGAACAGUGAAGGUUAUGCCGAAUAUAUAAAUUAUUUUUUA